AUGGGUGGACUUAACGAAUCCUUAUUUGUCGACACAGCCGAGGCUAUGGUUCGCACUGGCUUGUUGGCUGCAGGAUACAACCGGUUGAAUCUAGAUGAUGAAUGGUCACUUAUGGAACGGGCGUCAAAUGGGUCCAUGAUCUGGGACCCAGAAAAGUUUCCUCAUGGCCUGCCCUGGCUCACCCAGUACAUCAAAUCCCACGGUUUCAUCCCGGGCAUCUAUACCGACGCUGGAAACCUAUCCUGCGGUGGAUACCCAGGAGCAUUGGAUCACGAAGAGAUCGACGCUGCCGACUUCGAAGCAUGGGGCUUCGAGUAUGUCAAGCUAGAUGGGUGCAACAUGCCGGAUACAAGCGAGGCAACUUAUAAGCGUGUAUACGGCAAAUGGCACUCUAUUCUGUCAGCGCAGCCAAAUCCGAUGAUUUUCUCGGAGAGCGCGCCGGCAUAUUUCGCAGAGGCAGCCAACCUGAGUGAUUGGUAUGCGGUAAUGGGUUGGGUUCAACAAUACGGCCAGCUAGCACGGCACAGUCGCGACUCGUUGGUUUGGAACAGCACAAAUUACUGGCCAGAUAUCACCGGGUGGGAUAGUGUCAUGUUCAACUACGGACAGGAGGUGCGACUCGCACGUUACCAGCGGCCAGGAUAUUUCAAUGAUCCCGACUUCCUGAACGUUGACCAUUUUGAUUACACACUAGACGAGAAGAAGAGUCACUUUGCAUUGUGGUGCAGCUUUUCAGCGCCCUUGAUUUUGAGCACAGAUGUGCUGAACAUCACGGACGAGGAAGUCGAAUAUUUGACAAACAAGGAUUUUCUCGACGUAGAUCAAGACCCACUGGUCCAGCAGGCGACGCUGGUUGUUGCCCUCCCCAUCGGCGUUGCCUUGUAA